CCUGAUUGCGUGUUAUGAAAUAUAUGUUGAUGUUUUGACAAGCCAUAUGAUACCGUUAGCUUGUUACAAAAAAAACGACAUUGCAUAAGAAUGUCUACUUGUCUAUGAGAUGAAUGAUCGAAGGCCACCUGGGGAAUAAUUGUUUCCAGUCGCCGUAUGAGUGCAGACAAAAUUGUUAUCCCGAUUUAAUUUGCUGAUCAGCAAUAACAUGGCGGCGCAGGCUAAGGAGUCUGCCAUGAUAGCCAUGGACCAUCUUACUUGAUAUCUUCAGAGUGUGACCCCCUUGGUUCGCCAGUACAACAUCAAGGUGGAGGGAUGACUGACCCAAAUAAACAUCUAUCUUCUGUGAAGAGGAAAGAUGAAAAGCAACAGGCACAGAUCAAACAGCUUAAUGAGCAGCAACGGCGGGAGCAGGAGAACAUCUACAUUGAGGAGCUUGCGGAGCUGAUCUCGGAAAGUUUCACGGACAUGAGUGUAUUCUCCGUCAAGCCCGACAAGUGUGCAAUACUGCAGGAGACCGUCAACCAAAUCCAGCAAAUUAACAAGCAAGCUGAGAGUGGGUCGGGAGACGCAGUUCAACAAAGUCAGGUGUCGUCCAGCAAGCCUUCCAUCCUCGCCAAUGACCUGCUAGGACCGCUGCUGCUCGAGGCUCUUGAUGGAUUCUUAUUUGUUGUGAACAGUCAAGGCAAAGUAGAAUUUGUGUCUGAGAACAUCACACAGUAUUUGAAGUACAACCAGGAUGAUCUGGUGGGAAAGAGUGUGUACAACAUCAUCCAUGUUGGGGACCAUGCCCAGUUCAGCAGCAGUCUCCUGCCCAUGUCACUGGGAAAUGGCAUAGUGUGGCCUGGAGAGUCCCCAACCAGCAAAGGACGGAAUUUCAACUGUAGGAUGCUGAUAAAGCCUCCAAGUGAAGAAGAAGAAGAUGAUGUAGAAGUGUUGCAAACCUAUGUGUCGCAGUAUGAAAGUAUGCAGAUUACAGCCAUAUUACAACCAUAUCUGGGGGAAAAGUUCUCAGAAUCACGCGGAGAAUCAGAAAAUCAAACGUGUUUAGUGUGCAUUGCUCGCCGUCUUCCUCUAACAGAGAAAGCCAAUAUGAUGAUUGGUAUUGAGCAGUUUACAACACGACAAGAUCUGAAUGACAAAAUCAUAGAUAAUGAUACAAGAGGAUUAGUAGCCAACUACGGACCUAUUGAUUUCAAGGGACAAAGUAUUCUGGAAUACUGUCAUGCCAAUGAUGUUAGUCAACUACGCCGCCAUUUACAAGAAGUGAAGAAGCUGCGGAACCACACCAGUGGAGUGUACCGCUUCAAGCUGCAGGAGAAUCGCUACGUGUUUGUGCAGACCAAGAGCAAGCUGUUCGUCAUGCCAGUCACCAAUGAACCCGACUUUGUCAUGUCUACUCACUCCAUCAUAAGAGAGUGUGAUUCGGAGGUGGAGCUGAAGGGAUCAGCUUCCACCAGUCUGAUGAAGUCCAUCAUUGGUCAGUCCAACAUCAACAACCGCGGGGUCGGUGGAACUGGGAGUGGAACUAAAAACCUUGCCAACAUCACUGCCACAAUUGGCAUGAACAUGUUGGGAGACAUGAACUCAAUUAUGAACUCCCCACAGUUAAGCUUGGAGGGGCUGGACCUGCUCAACUCCAACACCAACUGGGACCUGCUGGGGACAGAUAACCCCAUCCAAGGUGAAUUUAACAUUAAUGCUGCUCUUAGUGGCAGUGCAAACAUGAACUCGGGGGACUCGUCGUGGGACAAUAUGACCCAGCUGAAAGUGGGGCAGCCAACCCUGCCUCACCAGUCUCAAGCUGCUGGGAUACCCCAGGUACAAGGACUGAGUGCUAUGGCAAAGCGACAAGCAACUUUUCAGCAGCAGCGAAGUCAGUCUGUGUCCUUUGAUGAGCGCAAGAAUCCUCGCUUCUCGCCAAGCCCUGGAAGUAGGGGAACUCCCUACCCGCUACAGUCUCAAAGAAGUGUGCCGAGCAUGAUGGGGUAUGUGAACCAGAGGAGCCCUGUAGCAGCGAGUGUUGGAGCUGCCGUGCCACCUAGUAGGUCCCCCGGGGGACAGUUUACGGCACCCUACCCCCAGCAGCGAAAGACUGUUUCCCCAAUGAUGUCCCCCCAGCCAGGUGUCCCUUCCAACCAGACAUUAUGGUCCCGGUUCUCCUCCCCCUCCAUCAGUGGAGAGCUCCAGCCAGUGUCCAGCUCAGUGGCCAACCAGCAGAGCCCUCUACAGGCACUCCAGUCUAUGGACUCCCAAUCCUCUGUGUCAGACCUUCCAGACCCAGCCCUCAGACUCGGCUCAUCCGAGCAUAUAUUCAGCGGAGGUGAUAUGAACAAUGAUUCCCGGGGGAACGCACGGGGAGGAAAACUGUGUCGUUUGUUAACCAGUAAAGCUUCGUUUGAUCAGUUGACAUCCCUGACAAAUGAAUCUUCUGGCCGAACUUUCCAUGAGCGGUCUUUAAUGAAAUCUAAGUCAUCUAUGGAUAUAACCAGACAGUCUCCUCAGCCUGGGCCAGGACAGAGCCCGCCGGAGAAGCCUCAGAGUACGUCGAAUGAUGAUGUGGAGCCGUCUGGUUCACAUAGGGCAGACGGCAUCGAGAAGAAGGAUAACGCAAUACUCAAGAAGCUCCUGAGCCAGGAGGAAGACCUCCCUACCAUGGAUACAGAGAUCAGCAGCUCCCCACACACAGGGGGGGCCCAGGGGGACAAGUUCGGCAUUGAAAUGGACAAGAAUGAGGCGGAAGCGAAGAAACCAUCCAACAUUCUACUCAAGGUAGGACUCAGGCAACUAUUGAGUGAUGACAAGAACAGUGAUUCAUCCAACAAGAGCCUCCAAUCGGUGUUACAGCGCGAGCUGAACUCCCCAGUCGAUGAAGUUGGGCUUGAUGGGGACGGGAAGCGGCAGACCUCGGAGCUGCUGCAGAAGCUGCUCCAGGAGGAUGAAGAUGAGAGUUGCACAUCUGCUCCAGCUGAAAGUACUAUACAGGACCAGGAGGUAGGAAGUGGGUCAAGGUCGCGGCAUCAGUCAGGUCAACAGGAGCCGCAGUCAUCGGGCUUUAGUCAGCCAGUCACACCACAGAGUGCUGCCAGCUUCUCGGAUGCCUCACAGUUUGACAUGCUCAAAGAUGUAUUUUCUGAACCUGCAAAGAAGAAUGUUGAACAGAGUGGUCUCAUGCAGAACAAGAAUCUGGAUAAUUUUCUCACAAAGUUGUGGGAGAAAGGUGACAAAAGUUCUGAGAAGGCCGGUGAUGUGAGGAUACGACAAAAGAAACGUAAAUCCUCUAGUUCUGAUGUGGACAGUACGGAAGUGUUAGAAAGUGAUUCUAGUGUGUCGCCUGGGCACCAGAGCCGCCUCUCACAGAGGAAUGCCCUGUUGGCCCAGCUGUUGUCAAAGAAGGCAGCCAAAGAGACUGUCGUGAACACCCAGCUAACUGUGAACCCCACAGCACUGCCUCAGCAGAGAAUCCCAAAAAACAUCACAGACAAAUUCAUACAAAUCCGCUCCAACAGCCAGGAGCUGCGUCAACAUCCAACCGACACAGGAGUGGACAAAGAGAGCAGUCUGACUCCCAAUCCACGGGACAAUCCUCGCACAAACCCAAAUGCACCCUUCCCAGGCAACACAAAGCCUGAUGGUGCCAUUGGAGGGGUUGAAAACUCGGGACAAAUGAACCCCGGCGUCCCACCUCCUCACAACAUGGAUUCUGACAGUGCCAACAGCUUUGACAAUUUCCAGCAUCUGUGGGCCUUAUCCCAGGCCAACGAGUCAGUGAGUAUGGAGAUUGAAGCCAACGGUGGAGAUAGUUCUGAUCCACUGCUUCAGCAGAUACUCCAGCAAGCAGCAGAUCUUCAGCACGAACUGACCUCCGGCAACCUAAACCAGGCCGUGACGACAGCAGCAUCCCUCUCCCAGACCCAAACACCAGUAUCCUCCCAUGCUGUUGUCCACAUGUCAACACUAUCAACAUCUACCCAGGUAACUGCAUCAAUUACUCAGCAGCAGCAAUCAACGUCUAAUGCCGAGGAAGUGAAUAUGAUGCAGGAAGUGGAGCAACUGAUGGAUCCUUGGGAAGAAAUAGAUAACAUUCUAGGUAUUAACUCGCAGUCCAACAACCAGCAGAUUGGUCCAACAUCGGUCACUGAGCAAAUGGCAAUUGAUGCCAUUCAGCGACAACUCAUGAGUGAGGAACCAGUGCAGACUCCCAAUUCUGUCUCUACUGGCAAUCAUAUACGUAACGCCAACCCCAGUAUAUUUCUCGGGGCCGCUAGCCAAGCUUCAAGCACUAAAGCAGGACAGGUGCCCUCUCGCCCAACUCUCGCCCAGUUACAAAUGGCUCGCAGCCUACAACAACAGCAGGCUGGGGGACUGGGUCAGGUCACAGUGUUGGAUGCAGCAUUCACACAGCAACUACUUCAACAACAACAACAACAACAACAACAACAACAACAGCAACAACAGCAAAUGCAGCCACUUCAGCCCCAAGGAGCAAUGGCCCAAUCCAUGCCAGGGCAGAUGGGGCCACGUUUCCCUCAGCCUCAAGCUCCAAUAAGUCCACUUGCCAGUGCCUUGCAAGGCCAGUCCCCACAGCGCCCUAUGUUCCGGGGCAUAAACCAGACGUCAACAGCCAUACAGGUCCGCCAAACGCUGUUGCAACAGCAGAAGCUGAAGCAGAUGGAGAAACAGCGACUUCGGCAGGCACAGGAACGACAGCGGCUGUUACAGCAACAGCGACUAAUCGCGUUGCAACAUCAGCAGCAGCAGAAGUUUGGGCAGUUCCCGCAGGGAAAUAUGGGAGUAGAUGGCCACUUCCCUGAAAACCUUGGUGAGCUAAUGAACUCAGGCCACGCCCCAAAUGUUACCUUACCUGUGCAGCGGGGCCAGGCCAUGCCAGGACCCAUGUCGCCCCGGUACAACCCUGGCAGCAUGCCGGCGGGGAACCAACCAGUAAGUCCCAUGAUGCCUCCUUCAACGCCACCCUCCCAACUGUCCCCCCACUUCGGACAACAGCAGCAGUGGAGCCUUCACCCACAGCAGUCCAGUGCAUUGCAGGGAGGACUGGGACAGGGAUCCCAGUUCCCAGCCCUCCAACGUCACAGAUCUCUCUCUGGAAACAUGCCGAGUCCAGGAGGUCAGAGUUCACCUCGGUUCCAGUUCCCGGAGAAUCAAUUCCCAGCUGGCCAGCAGGGGGGACAACUCGGUAUGUUCCCGGGAGGUGGCCAGCAGGGGGCAGCACAACAGCAGCAGGGAGGACCUCAACAAAUGUUUGCUCAGAAUAGACUCAUGCAGAGACAGAUGAGUUUGCCACCAGGGCGUGGAUCUCCCCGCACACCUCACAGCCCGUAUGGCAGCAGCCCUGACCCCAUGUUGAUGUCCCCCCACUCCAUCUCCCCCAACUCUCGCCAGUCUCAGCAGCCGGGAACACAGGUGAGCCCAGGAACUGGCUUCAACCAGUCCCAGCUGUCGGCUGCUUUUGCGUCCCAGCCUCUGUCCGCCCCGCCCAGUUUUUCAGGCCCGUCGCCUAUGUCCACUGCCACAUCCAGUUUCAACCAAUCGCUGCCUUCUUCUUCUCAGGGCAUUCCUUCCCAGCAGUCUUUUCAACAGCCUUUUGACAUGCAGUUCCUGGAAACAGGGCCAGACGGAAAAAAGCCUGUCAUGUCGGGGGACCUAAACCAAGCAGUGUCCAACUCAACGUCACAGUACGUCAAACAGGAGCUUCGCAUCAUCUGUAGUGCACGCUCAGAGAAACAGCUUCAGUCACAACAGCAGCAGCAGCAACAACAACAACAACAGCAGCAACUUCAGCAGCAACAGCAGCAGCACGAGCCGAUGUCAUUUGACACUGGAGGAGAACUGCCUUUAGAAAUUUUAGAGACAAUUAAUGACAUGACGAAGGAGCAUGCUGCAGUUGGCCUGGGUCCUCUCGACGACUUGGCGGAGAAUGAAGACAUCCUCAGCUCUUCCAGACAAGAGGCCAAGAAGAGAUACGAGCAGUUCCGUGCCUUGUCUACAGGACAGACUCAGUAUAUCCCAGAUGAUCCGGAGGGCAAGGCUACCAGCUUGUUCCGCAAUCAGUUGUUGAGUGCACCCCAGUCAGGAGAUCAGUCACAGAAACAGGGCGGCCAGAAGAACGAGCUUGUGACACAGGUCAACAUUGUACAGAGAGAGCCACGGACCCCUAUUGAUGAUAUACGUCCGGCGGACCAGAAGAAUAGUUUAUUACAGCAGCUGCUGUCUGAAUGAUGAAGUGAGAGGCUAGCAGGGAGAUGUUGGACUACACUGGAGGGGACACAGGGCUUUCACUCUUUACUGUCAACCCAGAGAUGCCACAACAUACGGAAGAGGGCAAGAAGAUGAUAUUAUUUUUGUAUGUGAGAUACGUGUUCUGUUGUGUUGUGGAGAGGCAAGGAACCAUUGCUCAGUAGUGUCAGCAGCCGGCCAUUUGUACAUAGUUCCACAUAGUAUUGUCGGGAAGCAGACAUCAUGAUCUCACGGCCGCCUCUGCCAUCCAGACGGACAGACGAGCGGACACAUAGACAGAUGGCAGUAUUGUGCAUUACCAUGGAAACUCAGGUGGUUGAAGAAUACAUGACAUCAUGUAUAUCACGUUCUUACAAGGACUACAGAGGGCAAGAUUUAUUGAACCUCCUCUGGAAUUCGGAGGGCAAAAUUUAUCGAAGCUCCUGACUACGGAGGGCAAGACCUAUUGAAGCUCCUCUAUACUACAGAGGCAAGAUUUAUUGAAGCUGCUCUGGAGAGACUAACAGAUGAGGGCUAUGAGCCAGAAGAAAGCUCAUGAUACACAUAUUCUUUGCAUGUAUGUUUUGCAAGUAUGACACAGCGCAGCAUUGUGAGAUAGUGCAACUUUAUGGGCAGCCGAUUUUGGCGGCGUUGUUGUGAUUCUACAGGAGGCCGUGUGAUAAACAAUGCUUACAGAUUUCCCCACUAGCAGACUUGGAGCUUGUUUAUGUUUAUUCAGUGCACAAAUCUACAAGACUGCAGAGUGCGUAGCAACAGACAGUCAAGUAUUUAGUUGUUGCUUGUUGAGCUUCAUCAGACUCACCGUGUACUCACAAGUGUAUCUUCACGAUUCCCAUAUCCCAAUGUUCAUCAUCAUGUGAGUUCAUCAUUGUGUACAGCACCUAGCACACCAAAUGUGUUGUGCUGUUCACAACAUUGACGCGGUGUUGAGGUCUAGUGGCAGUGUGCAUCGCCCAUGCCAGGCGGUUAACUGAUAUUGACAGUGCAUAUCACAGAUUCUUGACACCGUGAAACGUCAUUCGUCAGUUGUGUCACGAAAUAUGACUCUCUGCAUCUCAACCCAUCACUCGACCUUAGAUUUUAGGGUAUGCCUUCCACCCCCAAGUUACCGAAAUGGUAUCAACUGCCUUAUAAUGUGGACUAUGUUGAUGAUAGGGGUGGAGGACUAUUACAUUUUGUUUGUAGGGUGGGAGAGUGAUAAACAAGACAUUUGCACAGUAAUGUAUUGUAUGAUUAUACAGAUUAAACAUGUUGACUGCCCACUCGCAAAAUAAGCCUUCUCCUAUGUUAAACCAGGCCAUCGAGCUCCACCUACAUCCUCAGUAUAACGCCUCACAUCCACUUCUUCCUCUCUAAACAGCAGAUCUGAUACAGAGGGCCGAAAGGAAGAACGUUUUAGUUUCAGAAUGAUUAAUUUCUCAAGGUAUUGAUACAUAAGAAAUGUCAUCAACGCUCCAAGACAGAGAUGUUUUAAUUUAUGUUCUAUUUUCAGAAUUUAUUUUAUUUUAUGAAAAGGACACAAAAAUGGACAGAUAUUUUAAAAAACUAUCAGAGUCCCUAAAUUGGUUGAUGCUCGGAUUGACAGGCUUCUCUUAUAUUGAUGUUACUUUUCAACAUAGAGUAACACUAUCUAUGGCAAUGGUAUUGAGAGAUUUGAUGUCAGCAUGUUAGGGUAGAAGUGAGGCGUUGUAUUGAUGGUAAAAGUCAAGGCUUGGUGCAACCUUAUUCAGUGGUUUUGCCUUGAGUUCCGUGUUAAGUGAACAUUGUUUUCGUACGUACAGAAACUCCUUUACUGGAUGUGAAUGUAUAUUUCUGUUGAUAGUUUCUUGUAGGUGCCUCAGAUUGCAACACUGCGUGUGUGUUACAGAAAUGGCAUUUUAAUAAAGAACUUGUUAGAUCUGAUAUUUAUUACCCUGAAACAAGAAUGUCAGAUUUGAAACUUGCUUUACUACCACAAGAAGUCAUUUCCUAAUCGGAUUACGAUGGAGUUUUUGCAGUAGGUCUAUAAGCAAAUUCCAGUUUCUCAGACUGAUUCAAGUAAAUAUCCAUAUUUUGAGAGAAUUGAUACAUUUACAUAAAUUGGAGAUUAAUAUGGGGGUAUGUUCCGUGUUUUCAGGAUUUACAGUUUUAGAUUUUCUCAGAAUAUUAUAGAUUCAAUAUUCAAGCUUUUAUAUCAAGAUAUUGUGACAAAUGAUAUUUGUUAUAUUUUCUUUAAAAAAUGAACUUUCAGUAUAUUUAUUGUCAGUAUUAAACAAUUAACUUAAUGGAUUUCAUUAUAUGAUAACUGAUACAAUUUGUAAUCGUCUCAUGUAUUUUGAAAAUUGUUUUAAAAAACUGUACUUCAAUUUACAUUCAAAAGAAACCUUUUGACAUUCAUGGGAAAAUAUCCCUGUGAUUUAAAUUUUACAUUGUAUCACUGAGAUCUUUAGUUAAUGGAUAAAAUAUUAUAAAUGAAAUUAAUCAAGUUGAGUUUGGAAAGAUUUAUAAUUGAAAAGAGUAAUCAUUUCCCUCUGGACUGGUGGAGUUCAGGUUUCUAAAGACUUAAACACAUUGCUGAUGCAGACAAGCUGAUGAAGAUGGAUUGAAUAAUGAAAUACACCAAAACUUAGUGUCGUCACCUGAGGCAUCAAGAAUAUUAGAAACAACAUUUCAUCAAAUGUAGAGAAAUUAUUUGUUGUAGAUUUGUUAAACAUAUCUGUUGAUUAAUUGUAUCAAAUUUCUUUUAUAGAUGAUCAAGCGGUCAUUCCUCAUUUUGGAUUGUCACACUGGUCACAAGAAACGUAGUUGUUCGAUUUGUACAGUUAUAGUGUUUUAUUUCUUAGAGGUUCAACCUCAUGAGGAAAUUGCCAACUCUCUUAUGGUUGCCAUGGAAAUGUCAAAGCGCGUUCCCAUGACCACUACUAAAAGUAGAUCGAUUUUGUUAGUUUAAAAAAGUGCUAUAUAACUUCUGUUUUCUUCAUCCCCAGUGAAAAUUUGUUUCCUGUAUCUAUUCUGUACUAGAUGUCAUGUCUUGUUUUCGUUACCAUGGUUACGGCCACCGUCGUUACAGUUGCUAACGCUGCCACAACCAGUCCCCUAUUGUUCUGUUGACUUCUUCUAUUAGUUGCGGGAUAGUUCGGCAGCACUUUGACGUAUGUGUGACGCGUGACGUCCUACUUGGAUGGCGUAUGUGUGACGCGUGACGUCCUCCUCUGAUGGCGUAUUCUUGCAGGGAGGAAGGCUGGUUAAAGUGCAUAUUGUGACUUGGAUGGCAGUUAGAACUCGGAGACUGGUAAGAAGGCAAUAAAAUACAUGUAUGAUUAUACAAA